AUGACUGACAAUUUCUCCGAUCUUUUUAAUGACAGUGAUCAGCAACUAGCUUCAGAUGUUGAACAUCCUAAACCAACUGCUGAAUCAAUUCAGAAGCUUGAAGAACAAAUCGAAAUUCUUCAAAAAGAAAAUUUAUCACUCAGAUCACAAUUCGAAGGUACAUUAGCUAUUACAAACCAAAUAGAUUCUAUUAAUAAUGAACUUUUACAAGCCAAAUCACAGAGCAGAAAGUUGACAUCAGAAAACGAUGAUUUACAGCACAGAUUAGAUCUUACAAUCAAGGCAAAGGCUGAGUUAUUAGAACAGUUAGAAGAAGAAAAGAAAAAGAAUACUCAAGUAAGGAGCGAAAACUAUUUUACUGCUAAACAAGAUUUUGAUCGUCAAAAAGCAGUGUUUCAACAAAAACUUGAGGAGGCUAACGAUCAAAUUGUUGAACUCAAUUCAAAACUCGAUAGCUACAAUGUAAAUCAGAAAGUUAUGGAUGGAAAGAUUGAUAAGAUUGUUCAAAACGCACAAAGAUUCUUCAACGAGGAGUUCGAGUCCUUUGAUAGCCUUUGUGACUUCCUUUCACAGCCACAAUAUCAAAAUACAAAGCCGGUUCCUCAAAUUAUUCCAAAUCAACAUCCAAAAGAGAUAUUUGCUGUUCAAAAGCAAGAGCCUUCCAUAAAUAACUUAAAGAUGAAACUUAAAAACGCCAAAGGUAUGGUUCAUGAUCUUUCUGCGAAUAAUCAGAAAUUACAAGACCAAAUCAAUCAACUCACAGCUGAAAUCCAGUCUCUCAAGCAAAAUAAUCAACGUACAAUAUCAAGUUACGAGAGCAAAAUCACUGAACAAGAGCAAUUGAUUAAAGAAAAAGAAACAAUUAUUGUUAAAAAGACAAAUCAGAUUAAUGAAUUGAAAGCUCAAUUAUCCAAGCCACAAAAGCAAGUUAAAGAGAAUCCAGUUCAGCAGAAACCUCAGAAACAAGUUGUUUUUGCAAAUCCAAAUGUUGAAAGUAAGAUAGAAGCAAUAAAGAACUAUUUUGCAAAUGAAAAGGCAGGAUUGCUUUCUGCAAAUGGAGAAUUGAAGAUACAGCUUGCUUCUGCUCAAGAUAAGAAUAAUGAUUUGGCAAAUCAAUUGAAGGAUGCAAAGAAUGAGCUCGCAAAGGUCAAAUCUGAUCUUAAUAAGCAAAACAAUGAGAUUGAAACGCUUAAAGUCCUUAAGGAUAAUCAUAUUCGUGAAAUUGAUUCUUUAAGAAACGCUCUUCAUGCACGAAUCCCACAACAAGUUGAACAACCUAAACCAAAGGCUAAGAAUAAUAAGGAUGAAAUCAAGAAACUCCAAGAAACGAUUUCAAACUUAAAUAAUGAAAUCGUUUCUCUUCAAGUUGAAAACAACAACAAUACUGAUAUAAUUCAACAACUCAAGUCCGAACUUUCAGAUGCAAAGACACAUUCAGCUGAAGUUGAAGAGAAAAUGAAACAAAUUAUGAUGGAUCUUAACGAUGCCAACGCAAAACUUGCCAAGAAACCAGUUCCAAAUAUCAAUGAUCUUCUUCCUCCAGAAACAUGGUAUACAAAUGAAUUCGGAAGUGAAGUUGCUGAAGGAAUUCACAACAUUUCAAAGAAUCUUUCACUUCAACCCGGAUCCAAGAUUCGUGCCAUCUACAAUCUCAUUAAGGAUAGUAUGUGCGGCAAGAUUACAGAACUUACAAAUGUAAAUGCCGAUUUAACAAAUCAAAUUUCAGAUAUGGAGUCACUUUUCGGUGAGUUCCUUAUUGACAUGUCCAUAUCACUUCAAGAUAAAGCAUUUACAUUCGAAGAUUUUAUGAAAUCUGGUGGAAAUUCCCUUAUUAAUCAAAUUCGAGUUCUCAGAACAGAAUAUGAUAGCAUGAAACACAUGUUUGACUCAAUGCAAUCAACACUUGUUGCUAUUACAACAUUCUUACAGCUCCCAGAGAACACUUCCGCUGAUCAGAUCAUAAAUAUCAUUGGGCAAUUAACAUCACAGCUCCAAGAACGUACAGAAAUGCUUAUAGAUGCAAAGAAGAAGCUGAAGGUACUCAAAUCAGCAUACCAAGAAGCAUCAGAAAAGUCACAACAGAACCAAGAAGAAAUUUUACAAGAAAACGAAGCUCUCAAGGAAGAAAUGAGCAGAACAGAGGAAGAAAAGAAGCAAAUUUCACAGCACCUUACACAGAUCAAAGUAGAGUUCGAUAAGAAAGAUGUCGAACUCACAAAAGCUCUUACUACCAUCCAAGAACUUCAAGAAAACAUUCAAGAAGCUGUUGACAAAAUUGCCAAUGAAACAAAAGCCGAAAUCGAGCAAAAGAGCAACGAAUUGCAAAUGCAUCUUGAUAAGGCUACAGCUGAAAUCGAGGACAACAAACAGAAGUUCGCAGAAUACGAACAAAGAGCUAAAGAAUUCCAAUCAACAAUUAAUUCUCUCAAAGCAGAAAACGCAAAAUUAUCCGACCAACUCAAGAAUCAAAACGAAGAAUUCGAGAAUCGUGAGAGAGAAAACAUGAAGAAAUUCGAAGAAGAGAAGAGAGAAGCCAAACAACAGUUUGAUGCAGCAAUUCAGCAUUUGAACAACCAAAUGGCAAAGCAGUUGGAAGACAUUACGAAGAUGGCUGCUGAUAAUACAGCGAUUGAGCAAAAGAUGUCGACAAUGAAAGCUGCAGCAAAGAAGGUUUAUGCUGAUAAGAAGAAAGCAGAAGAUGAAGCCAAAUUCUCUCAAGAACAAUACGAAAGGAAGAGAAGAUUGUUGGAAGCACAAUCUCGUGCAAAAGUUAUUGCAGCAGAGAAUUUCUUCAACACGAAACUUGAAGAAGAAAAGAUGCGUCAUGAAAGUGAAACAAGAAAGAUUUAUACUUUCGUUGCUGAAGCUUUUAAGAGCUUCUUCAAUCCAUCUGCAAGUUUCAAUGAAAGAAACUUCAAAGCUGUCAUCGAACAAGUCAGCGAUGAGUUAGUAAGACUUACAAAGAGCGAUGAAAACAUCAGGAGAAUGUUGGGUGCAAGUGAAAAGCAAACAACAGAGGAUGCUGUUGCCAUCCUUCUCCUUCACUAA